ACUAUUUAUAUUCCCGAACAGCCAAGGGCGGAAGCCAAAGUGAGUUCCUCGAUCAGCUUCCUCCUGCAUCAAGGAAGAACAAAGAUGGCAGCUCUCAUGAAGCGCCGUAGCUGUUUCUUAACUCAACUCCUCCCCUCCCAGUUACCGCGAUCGCGAUUGCUCUCCACGGAUGCCCUCGUCGAGUACAAGCCUGGCGAGAUCGGGUUCGUUUCCGGUAUUCCUGAGGAGCAUCUCCGUCGUAGGGUCCUUAUCUACUCACCAGCUCGCACAGCAACUCAGCAAGGCUCUGGGAAAGUAGGAAAAUGGAAGAUCAAUUUUAUGUCGACCCAAAAGUGGGAAAAUCCUUUGAUGGGCUGGACCUCUACGGGAGAUCCAUAUGCUAAUGUUGGCGAUGCAGCACUUUCAUUUGAUAGCGAAGAUGCUGCAAAGGCAUUUGCUGAGCGGCAUGGGUGGGACUAUCAGGUUAAGAAGCGUCAUACUCCUCUUUUGAAGGUGAAGUCUUAUGCUGAUAAUUUCAAGUGGAAGGGCUUUCCACAAUCCGAGGAAGCUUAAGUUUUUUUUUACGUUGUGCCUGUGCAAUAGCUGCCUAAUGCUUCUUUUUCUCAUAAAUUUACGCAUGUUUGAUUUCUGAUUUGCAAGCACUUGAAAAUGAGAGAUUUUUUUUUCAUUAUUAUUUUACAAAUCAUUGUUAUAUU